AUGGCAAGGCAUUGCUCUACCCUUACUGCCUUGUACAACAAGGCGGUCAACUUCAACGUAGAGUCAUUGUUCUCCCGUCAUCCUGGCCCAGGUAUCCCUCGCACCGUCUUCUUUAACCAGAAUCUCCCAGAUAGUUACUUCGAUCCAAAGGGAAAGCCAAAGAAAGAGCAUGUCUACCCCACUAAUCAGGUCAUCUCAUCCAAGUACACAAUCAUAACAUUUCUGCCCAGAAACCUCCUAGAACAGUUCAGGCGAAUAGCGAACAUCUUCUUUGCAUUCAUAGCAAUCCUACAGUUUUUUCCCGAGUUUUCUACCAUAUCUCCAGGUCUGGUAGUCAUACCCAUCCUCAUCGUCCUUAGUAUCACCGCUAUAAAGGAUGGCUACGAGGACGUCAAGCGUCACCAGUCAGACCGUCACGUCAACCACUCUCAGGUUCGCGUCCUUGCAGGUGGCGAUUGGGUUAACCCGAAUAUCAACGGUAGAAAAAGUCGAACCUUCGUCAGGGGUAUCGUCCCAAAACGCCGUCCAAAACGAAAAGAUGUCGAGGAAGGUGAUGCAACCAAGCAGGAUCCCAAUAUCGAGUACGACCAUACGGAUUCCAUGGAGGAGGGCGAACACCAUCUAUUUGGCCAUGCCGGCGAAAAUAUUAGGCCCCACUGGCACAAGACAAUGUGGGAGGAUAUUCGGGUUGGCGACUUUGUCAAGAUCAUGAACAAUGAGCCUAUUCCGGCUGAUCUCCUCAUAUGCGCCACCUCCGAGGAGGAGAACGUGGCAUUUGUAGAGACGAAGAACCUUGAUGGGGAGACGAAUCUCAAGUCCAGAAAUGCAUGUCCUGCCCUUACUGACCUCCACACUGCUGCCGCUUGUGUUUCCGAUCUCAAUGCAUUCUCUAUCGAUUGCGAUCGACCGGACACCAACAUGUACAGAUUCAAUGCUACCGUUACCCGCAACGGAGAAAAGUCCCCAGUGGACUUGCAGACCGUUCUUCUUCGUGGCACGGUACUCCGGAACACUGAUUGGGUCAUUGGCGUUGUUCUUUUCACUGGCGUUGAGACAAAGAUUGUUCUUAAUUCCGGUGGCACGCCCAGUAAGCGGAGUCGAGUGGAGAAGCAGAUCAACCCUCAGGUCUUGGCGAAUCUAGCUAUUCUGGCUAUUAUGGCAGUCGUGUGUGGCAUCGCUGAUUCCACGAUCGAAGCGGUUAAAUAUCCGGAGGGUGCCCCUUGGCUAUACGAUGAUGACAAGUCCAAUGAUAACCCAAAGAUCAACGGACUAAUCACUUGGGCGUUUGCGUUGAUCACGUUCCAAAAUAUUGUACCCAUAUCACUGUACAUCUCAAUAGAGUUCGUGAAGACGUGUCAGGCGCUCUUCAUCUAUUUCGAUUACGACAUUUUCUACGCAAAGAAGAACCAACCGACCAUCGCCCGAAGUUACAACUUGUCCGAUGAUCUUGGGCAGAUAGAGUACAUAUUUUCAGACAAGACCGGUACUCUGACACAGAAUUCGAUGGUCUUUAGAGAGUGUUCCAUCGCAGGAACGGUUUAUCACGGCGAUCCUGAAGAGGAUGACGAAGACGAAGACAUCAAGAAAACAGGGAACAGUAAGGAAAUCAUUCGUGAAACCAGCAACGACUCCUCCUAUGCUUCGACCUCCGUGCGCGGGGAUGAUCCGGCCGCUCCAUCUACUCCGGAUGCCACUGUUGUCAAACUGUCUAGUGGGGUCCUCAAGCAUUUCAGGGAUGAGCGCCUCUCGCAAGAUCUCGCACGUGCAGUAGAAGCCGAGCCAGAUUCAGAAAACGCUGCACAAGCACGCUCGCUUAAUGGCUUUUUCUCCGUCUUGGCACUUUGUCAUACUGUUCUCACUGCUGUCGACCCUGUGACGGGCGCCAUUGAGUACAAAGCGCAGUCGCCUGACGAAGCUGCCCUCGUUCAAGCUGCCGCGGACGUCGGCUUCAUCUUUCGCGGACGUGAGAAGGAGAUAUUACUUUUGCAAACGCCUUUCUCGAAGGAGACAGAGCGGUAUGAACUGCUUGAUAUCCUGGAGUUCACAAGCGCACGAAAGCGGAUGAGCGUCAUCGUCAAGAAACUGGAUGAAGAAGAUGGGAGGCUGUUCUUGCUUACGAAAGGCGCGGAUAACGUCAUCUUUGAGCGGCUCAAGGCUGGUGGAGAUGAUUUGAAACGGACGACUGAGGCGCAUCUGGAGGACUUUGCGAAUGCUGGGUUGAGGAACGUUGACUCUGGCAUACAAGAUGAUGAGUACGAGGCCUGGUCUGAGCGUUACCAUGAAGCUUCUACUGCCCUGGAAGAUCGUGAAGACAAAGUCGAGGCGGUUUGUAAUGAGAUGGAGCGCGAGCUGCGACUGCUUGGUGCCACUGCUAUCGAAGAUCGUCUCCAGGAUGGCGUGCCAGAAACGAUCGCUGAUCUCAAGGUCGCUGGAAUCAAGAUCUGGGUCGCUACCGGUGAUAAGCUGGAGACUGCCAUUGCUAUCGGGCGCAGUACAAAUCUCAUCGCCGAUGAGUCCAAUAUCAUCAUCAUCCGCGGUAACGACCGCCCAGUUGAACACCAGAUGAUUCAGGCGGUAGAGGAAUUCUUUCCGGAUAGCGGCAUCCUCGACGAACAUAACAUCGUGGCUUCUCCAUCUAAAUCACCAUCAACGGAAUCAGCUAGUGCUAUUCCUAUGCGGAGGCUAAGCAUUGGAGUCCGUGAUAUCGUCGGAGAUGACAACGGUGAUCGACCUGGAGGAUUUGUACUUGUCAUUGAUGGAGCUGCACUAGACCACGCCCUUCCGAAUGACGAGUACAAGGCUCUUCUUCUCCGUCUUGCUACCCAAUGCGAAGGCGUCAUCUGUUGUCGUGUUUCUCCGCUGCAGAAAGCGCUUGUGGUGAAGAUGGUCAAGGACGGUCUUCGCGUGAUGACUCUUGCUAUUGGUGAUGGCGCGAACGAUGUCAGCAUGAUCCAGGCUGCGGACGUUGGUGUCGGCAUUAGUGGUGAAGAGGGUCUGCAAGCUGUCAACUCGUCGGACUAUGCUAUCGCACAGUUCCGGUUCCUCAAGAAAUUGCUUCUUGUCCACGGUCACUGGUCUUAUGCUCGUAACGGGAUUAUGAUUGUCAACUUUUUCUAUAAGAAUAUUGUGUGCAUUGGUGUUCUGUGGUGGUUCCAGAUCUAUUGUGGCUGGAGUUCAGCUUACGCAUUCGAGUAUACUUAUCUGUUAUUCUGGAACUCGUUCUGGACGAUUGCUCCUGUCCUCGGAAUCGGUCUGUUCGAUCGGAUAGUUGAUGCCGACGUUCUGAUGGCCUUCCCUGAAUUGUAUCGCUAUGGUCGCGAACGGACUUGGUUCUCUAUGAGAUCGUUCCUCAUCCACAUGAUUGAUGGAGUCGUACAGUCUGUUCCCAUAUACUUUAUCAUCACCUAUACAUACUUCACGACUACUUCUCGUACUGAUGGAUAUAGCAUCGAAUUGUACGAGUAUUCGACAACCAUGGUUUUUGCCACCGUUGUAGCUGUCAGCUUGUUCAAUGGCCUGAACACGAAUGUCUGGACUGCCUGGGUCUUCUUUGCUGUUUUCAUCGGUAUCAUUAUUCUCUGGUUAUUCACGGUUGUCUACGAUGCAAUUAGCCCGGGAUGGACAGUGACUAACGUCUAUGGCAACAAUUACUACCUGUUCACGUCGGCCUACUUCUGGUUGAGUCAACCCCUCGUCAUCGCCAUCGCUCUUCUUCCAAGAUACCUAUAUCGAGCAUGGCAAUUUGGCUAUGCACCUGGGGACCUAGAGAUGCUACGCUACAUCCGGAAGACACGACCUGAUCUUGACUUGGCAACACUCCGAAGUGAAUCAAUGCGCUCCAAACCGUAUGCGUCUUCAAGACGGCGUCCGUCCUCACACAUGUCACGAGCGUCGAUUGCUUGUUCCAGCGCCGAUAAUUUAUCAUUGGAUUUACGACCAACACAAGAUCCUCGCGGUGCGAGCCGAACAGACAUGUCCACUGGUAUUCGCUCCGUACACCGCGGAUUUGACUUUGCGACGGAAGAAGGUGGCGUCGCAAUGCGACGCAUGCAAACCAAUCUGUCAGAGCGGAGACAGAGUAGCCGUAACCUGCCUUCACUACGACAGAGUUCGCAGAAGCGCAGCAUACGCUUGUUCUCCUCUCUGCGCCGCAAAAGGUCGCCUACUCCUAAGAAGGACGACUGA